CACCCCCACCCCCUUCAUGAGACACCAGCAUGUUUCUCCUCCCUGUCUUGGGACCUGGACUGUCAGGAUUGGAAAGGACAGAGAGAAAUACACAGAAGGAAGAAUCAGGCUGUGUCUCUCUAGUAAGCCUCAGUUUCUGCCACCUACAACAAACCUGAGCAGGUUGGAUCAGCCAACAGUUUCCUGCACAGCCGUUACCUGCUCUGGGGUUGGAGCAGGGGUAGUGAUUGCAGUGAGCUGCCAGGAUUGUGUGAAGCUCCUGCGCUCUUUCUGCUUUCAUGUUUUUUCUUGCUCCAGCAAGAGGUAGGGUGGUUGGUGGGCUGGGCUGCUGGAGGAGGGGAGGCUUGAGCAGAAGGGAGAGUCCCAGGAGCCGAGAGGAAGGGAACUGCUGGUGGGAAAACCUGGUGCAAGCGAAAUGGCUUCUGUGGUCUGCCUGGAGAGGGCUUCUUCAAGGGCUUGGCUUUGGCAUCCGAUCUAAAUAAGGGCUGAGAGUCGCAGGCAGGCAGGCAGGCACUAGGAGGCCCUGUCAGCUUCUCUCUCUGCCAGCUGCAGACACCGCCCCUGGUUUUGGGGGGAGUGUGUGUUUGUGUGUGUGUGUGUUCUCCUGUGUGUGCUGGGGCCCAGGUGGAGGGUGGGGUUUGAGCCCCUUUGAUCUGCCAGCCUGCUUGGGAGCAGGUAACUCACCUGGCCUCACGCUUGCUGGCUUGCUUGUGCCCUUCCUGCCUCCUGCAGCUGGUGUUGGGGGUGGGGUGGGGAGCAGGCUGUUUGCCUUGGCUCCCAGGGCUGGCUUUGCCCCAACUGCUUCCUUGCCACACCCUCACCCUGCCAGGAGCCCCAGACCUAAGAUCUAGGGCAGCUUCUUUGGGGUUCCAGGCCUCUUUCCCUGCCUGUGGUGUCCACCUAGAGGGCUCCAGAACCCAUGGCCAGGAAAACCAGGCUCAGAGCUGUCACCCUCCUACGCCCAACAGGGCUUCUGAGUAAACAGGUGUCCUACGAGGGUCCCCAGGACAUCGCAUCCUGGAGCUGACCACAGGCUGGCUGCCUCCACCCGUCACCACCCCCAGUCCUGCCCGGAAGGGCCCCUUCAACCCACACAGGACCAGGUGGUGUCAGUGGGACCAGGGUGCCAUUUCCUGUGGCCCGGCACAGGGAGUAGUGCAGUCACGCACCCUACCAUGAUCAUGUGGCUUUCCACCCACCCACUGUCAUCCUGGAGAAUGUCCCAGGGCACCUGUACCACUUGCUGCUGCUCUCAAAGGUGCCACGUUGAAAGAAGUAAUAAUGGUGACAGUGUCAACUCACGAAGUACCCGUUAUUUGCUGGUUUCUCUGCUGGGUGCAGUUAUGCCUCGAAUAACUCUCAAGAGGUGUUAAGAAGCCGAGAUUUUCGAUGAUUAAAAGAUCUGCCCAAGGGCCAGGAAUUUAGCUCAGUGGUUCCGCUGCCUGCCUUGCACAGGGUCUGGAGUUUGAAUCCCAGUACAAAAAAAAAAAGAUAUGACCUGAGGAUCCAGGUUGCCCUGGCAUCUGAAGCCCUUGAUCUCCUCUGCUGCAGGGUUUCCCAACCCCUGCACUACGGAUAUUUGGGGCCAGUGAUGCUUUAUUUUGCAGCACAGUCCUGUGCACUGGGGGGUGUUGAGCAGCCCAUCUACUGCUAAGUGCCAGUAGCCCCCCAUAGUUGUGGCCUCCAAAAAUGUCUUCAGAGCCUGCCGGUGUCUUCUUACUGCUCUUUACUGUGGGAGCAAAGAGCUGACAGGAACCUCGAAAGGUGCCCAGGACCAGUGGCCCUGGAACGGAGGAGCAGCACUCCAUGCAGGGCAGAAAAGGGGGUUCAUUCUGGGGUCUGGGAAGUGCCCAGAUGUGCCACUUACCGGUCAUCUAGACCUGUGGUUGCUUAUUUAAUUUCUCAAAGCCUCAGUUUUUCUCAUCUGGAAGAUGGAGAUAAAAAUAGUGCCAGCCUCUUAGGAAUGUACUGCAUUUUGCUUGGCCGGUGACUGGCUGUGGUCAGUGGUUGGUGAGGGUGCGUGUGGCGUCGCUGUCCAAUCCAGGGGGCUCAGUGAAUGCUGGGCAUCUAGUGGUCUGGUCACCAGCAGCAGGUGUAGGAGUGGCCUCUCUGCUUAGAGCACCAUGGGCCCGAGGAGAGGAUUUGCCUGGAUGUGGGGGGAAGAACGUCCCAGGUGGCCAUCCUGGUGGAGGGGAUGGGAGAAUCAUACUGGAGAGGACCUCAGGGUGAUGGUAUAGGGUCCUGCACUAAUUUUACCAACAUUUAUUGAGCACCUACUGUAUGCAUUCCACACCUCCAAAGACCCAAGUGUGUUCCCACAGGUCAGCUCCUCUGCAUCGUGGGCCUGGGUCUGGGGCAUCCACUGGGUUUGUUUAGGGUCUGUCUGCUUGUUUUUCCCCAGCUGGCAGCCAAAGCCAGCUCUCCAGUGGCCAAGCAGAUCUUGGCACAAGCAGCAAGUGCCAUUUGGCCUUUGGGCCCCAUCCCUGGAGGUCAGUUGAAUCAUUACUCCACAACACCCCUUGUUCCCCUUCUGGGAGUGAUCCAGGGUGCCUGGGCUGGGUACCCCCACUUUGUCUUUCUUCUGCUGCUACUGUUACCCCCAGGUGGCAUUAGAAUCAAAUUGAAUAUUUUCAACCCCCUUGAUUGACAGAUGAGAGUGAGGAUCAGAGAGGGGUAGUGACCAACCUGAGGUCACACGGCAGUUGGUAAUAGUGCCCUGUGGACCACCAGUUCUGUGUCGGACAAGACUCAGGCCAGUGGCCUUCCCUGGUCUUCACUGGACACCAGCUGCCAGCCUUCUGUCCCAUAGGUUGGUGCCUGGUCAGCACUCGGAGAUCAUCAAAGGAGUGGUCUGUCUUCUGGGGGUGGGGUGGGGAGAAAAUGAGGGCUUGGGCUGGCACCCCUCCUCUGUCCUGCGCAUCCCGGCCAGCCAGCCAUACAGCCUGGAAUGGUGAGGGAAGUGCCCAAUCCUCAGGCCGGCCCCCACCUCUCUUCCCGCAACCUUGCAGCAGCCCUGAGGCACCAGAGGGGCUCCCAGCUCCACGGAGAGGGGUUUCAAGAAAGGAGCAUUCAAAGGGGUCUCGUCCACUCUGCUCCUGGCUCCUACAGCUCCAGCCCACGGUGGGCAUACCCCACAGAACUUUGGGGGACUGAGAUGCGGCCCUCCGCCACUGCAGUCUGAGUUUAGCUUCCCGAACUGCAGUCCCAGGGUGCUCAGUGAGCAGAGGACAGGGCUUUCUCCUUCUCAGUGCAGGGAAACUGAGGCACAGUGUGGUUUUCCCCAGUGUUCGUGCCCUCCGGCCUCCCCCAGGCCACAUGGCCCUGCGCGCUUUGCCUGUAUGUGUGCAGCUGUGUCAGGCCAAGCCUUCAGACAUGUGGCAGUGGUGGCUGGUGCAUGGGACUGUGCUGCUCAGUCUCCUGUGCCCUCUUCCUCUUGGGACUGUUGGCCCCAGGCCUUUGGGUCUCCCAGGAUCAUGGGGAUGCAGGGGGGACCUUCCUAUCAGGACCUGUAUUGUAGGACCUGAGGUUUCCCUGGAGAAAGCCCGGCUCUGAGCGAGGCCUAUUAAGGUGCUUAUUAAAUUUCAAGUGUGUUUGGUGACAGGCCAGAGGAGCUCUAAAAAUAGGGUUUGCCCGGGCACAGGCAUGGGUUAGCUUUCAGGUUUCCCGGCUGGGUCUGAGGAUUCCCUCCUCUCUUUCUGGCAAGAGUCAAAAUAGGCAUGGCUGGAACAUGUGGCCUUCUGAGACCGUAAGACUUUGCAAGAAUUGUUAAGCACGCCUUGUUUCCAGGAGGUUGGGGUGCAGGCUCUGUUGUCACAAAGGCUUGGGCUCCAGUGAGCUUCUGUAAUAAUAGGCCGUGGGAUUCUGGGCAGAAGUUGUUCACUAAUUGAACCUCUGUUUUCUCAUCUGUAGAAUGGGGAUAAUUAGAUCACCUGUGAUGUAUAGUAGCUGGCCUUAGCUAUCAGACGUGGCAGGAGAAGCAGAGAGAAAUUGGGUUAUUGGAGCCUCCCCGAGACUGGGGGACCCCAUUCCCGAGGAACUCUAUGAGAUGCUGAGUGACCAGUCCAUCCGCUCCUUCGAUGACCUCCAGCGCCUGCUGCAUGGAGACUCCGUAGAUGAGGAUGGGGCCGAGGUGGACCUGAAUGUGACCCGGGCCCACUCAGGACGUGAGGCUGAAGGCUCAUCUCGCGGGAGGAGGAGCCUGGGUUCCCCGACAGUGGCCGAGCCAGCUGUGAUUGCCGAGUGCAAGACGCGCACUGAGGUGUUCCAGAUCUCCCGGAACCUCAUCGACCGCUCCAACGCCAACUUCCUGGUGUGGCCGCCCUGCGUGGAGGUGCAGCGAUGCUCCGGCUGCUGCAACAACCGCAACGUGCAAUGCCGGCCCACGCAGGUGCAGCUGCGGCCGGUGCAGGUGAGGAAGAUCGAGAUUGUGCGGGGGAAGCCGACCUUUAAGAAGGCCACGGUGACACUGGAAGACCACCUGGCCUGCAAGUGUGAGACAGUGGUGUCUGCCCGGCCUGUGACCCGAAGCCAGGGGAGCUCCCAGGAGCAGCGAGCCAGGACUCCCCAGACUCGGACGGCCGUCCGGACAGUGCGAGUCCGCAGGCCCCCCAAGGGGAAGCACCGCAAGUUCAAGCACACGCAUGACAAGGAGACGCUGAAAGAGACCCUCGGAGCAUAGGGGUGGCGGCAGGAGAAUGUGGGCAGGGUAUUUAAUAUGGUAUUUGCUGUAUUGCCCCCAUGGGGUCCUUGGAGUGAUAAUGUUGUCCCCCUCGUCCGUCUGUCUCGAUGCCUGAUUCGGACGGCCAAUGGUGCUCCCCCGCCCUCCACGCGACCAUCCCCUCCAUGCGUCCAUCCAUCCAUCUGUCCCUGCCAGCGACCUCUGGCAUCCUGCUCUGCGGCUGGAGGAGGAAACAGGACUUGGCUCCAUUGCUGCUUCCUCCCUUGACAUGGAGAACAUGGGACAGGAGCAGAGAGACUGCUGGGGACAGGGCCUCCCUCCCCCACGCCUGGCCCCAGGAGCGCUGCACUGAGGACCCGGCCAGCUCUGAGGGGACCCCUCCAGGCAGACUGGGGCCUCGGACAGUGGCCAAGACCACACAGGGAGCACAGACUGGGGGAGCCCCUCCCACAACACCCAGAUGGCCAUCACCCUCCCAGUCAGCUCUGCUCACUGCGGGCGGCGUCAUUCAUGUCCUCCAUGUGAGAUCUUCGGAGACAGACUCCCGGGGGCAGGGGCUGUGUGCCCCCUCCAGCAGGUUACAGAUGAAAUUUGCUCUUUGGGUGAAUGUAGAUGGCAACUUGGGCACCCCCUGCCUCCCCUGUCCACCCCAAUUCAUUCCUCCUCUGUUUCCUUUCAUCUCUCUACCUCUACCCUGCAUCUUCCACUCUUCCUGGCCCUUUGGUCUGCUCUACCAAUGGGUUCUUAGGCCCCUGAUUGAGACCCCAGUCAUUCUUCCCUAGGACAGAAGACCACAGGCCAGGGCAAUAGACCUGCCCAUCAUACUUCAACCCAGCCAAGACUGCCAUGUAAGGUUGUGCAGAGUGUGGACUCCACAAGGGCACUGCAUGCAGGGAGCACUCUUCACACCCUACAUACGACCCAUUUGUCUAUUUAUUAUGACAGUUUCUGGCAGAUGUAGGUCAAGUGUCUGAGGAAAGGAAUCCUUUUCCUAAUUCACACCAAGGGUCCCUGGGGAUGGGCUGUGCCCCUGACCCAGCCUUCAGCCUGGAGUAGUCAGAUGGGAGGGAGCCAGUGGUGUGUGGGCCCUUGCCUCCAUUCCCCAGGCCUCAGCUCCACCUGUUCCAGGCAGAUGUGGGGAGCCCCUCUUGCCCUGCCCCGUACUCACCCAUCUUGGGUUCUUGGAGUCCCACCUGGUGGCUCCUCCCAGGACCCCAGCAGGUGGACGGGGUGGGGAGAAAAGGGAAAAGAGCCCCAGGAACCCUGGGGUGGGGGUCUGAGCUCCCUCUCCCACUGGACCUCCCCUCCCCCCCUCCAAGAUCUGCUUCCUUCGGUUUGUAAAGUUGGUGAUUAUAUUUUUGGGGGCUUUCCUUUUAUUUUUUAAAUGUAAAAUUUAUUUAUAUUCCGUAUUUAAAGUUGUAAAAAAAAUAACCACAAAACAAA